CUCUUUAACUGCUGUACAUAAAAUUUUCCUGAUUUUCGUCAUGGAAUUCUGUCCUCUUAAGUAGGGUGCAAAAUGACUGCUCAAGUAACACUGGAGGAUGCCUUGUCCAAUGUGGAUCUCUUGGAAGAAUUACCUCUGCCAGAUCAACAGCCGUGUAUUGAACCCCCACCAUCAUCUCUUCUUUACCAGCCAAACUUCAACACUAAUUUUGAAGACAGAAAUGCAUUUGUCACAGGCAUUGCAAGAUACAUCGAGCAAGCUACAGUCCAUUCUAGCAUGAAUGAAAUGCUAGAAGAAGGUCAGGAAUAUGCAGUCAUGUUAUACACAUGGAGAAGCUGCUCAAGAGCCAUUCCUCAGGUAAAAUGUCAUUCAAGAGACC